AUGGCUCCUUCGUUACCGGUGUAUUCCAGACAAGAACUUAAGGACAAUUAUCCGCACUUAUUCCCCGAGGUUGUGGAGGGCGCUGACGGGAAGAAGACACUUGAUUUGGAAAAUUGCAAGCUCUGGUCGUUGACACAGAACCAGUGCACUUUUGAUGGGGACCGUACGGUUUGCAUACCUUUUAAACGAGUUUUCGCUCGGUGCAAAGACACAGAGUACUCUUCAAAAAGAGAAUUGACCGGAUACAAGCUUUUCCCGGAACAUACCCAGAAAAAAUCCAAAGAGGUGUACCGAAACAUAGAGAUCACCACCGAGAAGGAUAACGACUAUACGACCAAAGACAAACUAUUAGAGGAGUUUUUCGAGGCCGAUAAGGUCUUGAAACGGAAGAUGGACCAGUUUUACGCGGAGAUCAUGAAAGAAUCCGAAAGGUCCUGGAGACCGUACGAGCACGAUUCGGCUCCUAACCCCUUUUCGCCCUUUUCGAGCUCCUCCAGCAGCUUGAAAUUUCUAGGACUGAUUGUUAGAAUUGGUGGUUCCUUGCACACUUACACUUUGGACAUGGAGUUUUAA